AAGGGUGCUGGCUGAGGCCUGGUGGACCUCCAGCUCCCUGCACCCCUGGGGAGCUGCUGGGGGGGGAAGCAGCUGGUCUUCUUUCCUUGUGCCCGCCCCCAGGCCUGUGUGGCUGUGCCCAUGGAGCCCCUCUUGAGAUCGGAGCUGAAGACGUCACUGGUCCGGGCCUUUGGAAGCCCGGGGGGCGGCUGCAUUAGCCACGGCCAAGGCUACCAGACGGACCGGGGCCGCGUCUUCGUGAAAAGCAACACCAGGAGUCAGGCCCGGGAGAUGUUUGAGGGCGAGGUGGCCAGCCUGGAGGCCCUCAGGACCACGGGCAUUCUGCGGGUGCCCCAGCCCUUGAAGGUGGUAGCCCUGCCAGGAGGAGGAGCUGCACUGGUGAUGGAGUACCUGGCAAUGAGGAGCCUGGGUAGCCACUCAGCUGCUCUCGGAGACCAGAUAGCCGACUUACACCUUUACAACCAGAAACUGAGGGAGACGGUGAAGAAGGAGGAAAAGACCGUGGGUAAAGGUGCUGGGGCCGCCGAGCCCAAGUUCGUAGACAAGUUUGGGUUCCACACCGUGACCUGCUGUGGCUACAUCCCCCAGGUGAAUGAAUGGCAGAGCGACUGGCCCACUUUUUUCGCUCGCCAGCGGCUCCAAAUCCAGAUGGACCUGAUUGAGAAGGAUUACGGAGAUCGAGAAGCCAGGGAGCUGUGGUCUCAGCUGCAGCUCAAGAUCCCAGAGCUGUUCGGAGAUGAGGAGAUCGUUCCCGCCCUCCUGCACGGCGACCUCUGGGCGGGAAACAUGGCCGAAGACGACUCUGGCCCUAUGGUGUUCGACCCCGCUUCCUUCUACGGCCAUUCCGAGUUCGAUCUGGCCAUUUCCUCCAUGUUUGGUGGCCUCAACAGCUCCUUCUUCUCCGCCUACCACAGGAAAAUCCCCCAGGCUCCGGGGUUUGCCCGACGCCUCCAACUCUACAAGGUCUUCAACUACGUCAACCAUUGGAACCAUUUUGGGAGCGGGUAUCGGGGCGUGAGCUUGGGGGCCAUGAGGAAGCUCCUCAAGAGCCUUUAACGUCCUCCGGAAGGGUAGCUCCCCACGGUCGCCUUACUGGGGGACAGUCUGGUUGAGGCUACUAUUCUAGACUGUAAGCCCCGUGUGGGCAGGGAUUGUCUCUCUUUAUUGCUGAAUUGCACUUUCCAAGCACUUAGUACAGUGCUCUGCACACAAUAAGCGCUCAAUAAAUACGAUUGAGUGAAGGCUUCCUCCCCAUAACCCUCAUUCCCCCUACCUUCCCUCCCCUCCGCGCAGACUAUGCACUUUGCUUUGUACCCCUUAUGCACUUUAAUACUCACCCCACAUCACAGCGUGGAUAGUGCAUGGUCCCGGAAGUCAGAAGGACCUGGUUUCUAAUCCCCGCUCCACCACUUGUCAGCCGUGUGACUUUGGGUAAGCCAUUUCCCUUCCUCUGCCUCAGUUCCCUCA